UCAGGAAGUUCUCCAGUGGAAACUCUGGAGCUGUUGCUCGCCUGGGAUUCGACGCAGCCUCUCCAGGAUUUCUCCACUCACCUCCCAUUACUCGGAAGUAUCAAAAAUGGGCGAGUCCAUCACGGAAGGACUUUGUUUUCUGACCCAAGCCUGAGUUUCCCUGCACAUCAGCAGUGUUUAGUGAGUUGUUAUGAUGUUUGUCCGCAGCUGGCUGCAGCUGUGUCUGUGCGUUUGGAGCUCGCAGUCUCUGUAUCGAGUCCCUCUGAAGAAGUUUAGCGGAAAGUUGGACUCGUCGGUGCUGCUGGAGCUCAGAGACUUGAACCGAAGCACAUCUGGAAACGGCCUGUCUCUCGCAUCAGAUCCUGCGGGAAAUGUGAACUUCAUCAGCAUGGUGGAUAAUUUAGAAGGGGACGCCAGUCGGGGUUAUUAUUUACAGAUGGUUAUUGGGACGCCAGGUCAGCCUCUGAAUAUCCUGGUGGACACUGGAAGCAGUAAUUUUGCUGUAGCUGCCGCACCACAUCGCUACAUCUCAGCAUACUUCAACAGAGCACUCUCCAGUACGUAUAGAACAAAAGGCACGUCUGUGUCAGUCAGCUACACUCAAGGUGACUGGCAGGGAGAGCUGGGCUCAGACUUCAUCACGAUCCCUCAAGGCCCCAAUGGCACCAUCCUGAUUAACAUUGCUGCUAUCUUAACCUCGGAUGACUUCUUCCUCCCUGGCAUCAACUGGCAGGGCAUUUUGGGCCUGGCAUACCCCUUACUAGCUCGGCCCAACCCAUCUGUGGAGCCCUUUUUCGACUCGCUGGUGAAGCAAACGGGCAUCCCAGAUGUUUUCUCUCUCCAGAUGUGCGGCACAGGAAUCUCCGCCAGCACUUCAACCAACCCAGCAGAUGGGAGUUUGAUAAUGGGAGGACUCGAACCAACACUGUACCACGGCUCAAUGUGGUAUACGCCCAUCCUACAAGAGUGGUACUACCAAGUGGAGGUCUUGAAAUUGGAGGUUGGGGGCAAGAAUCUAAACCUGGACUGCAAGGAGUACAAUUCAGAUAAAGCCAUUGUGGACAGUGGGACAACCUUACUGCGUCUUCCUGUGAAAGUGUUCGAUGCUGUCGUGGAGGCCAUCACACACAUGUCAAUGAUCCAAGACUUCUCCUCUGGUUUCUUUUCUGGGACCAAGUUGGCAUGCUGGGUGAAAGAAGAGACACCAUGGAGAUUCUUCCCUAAAAUCUCAAUCUACCUCAGAGCAAUGAACACUAGCCAGUCAUUUCGCAUCACAAUUCUUCCACAGCUCUAUAUCCAGUUGGUUGCAGACAUGGAUGGCAUGCUGAACUGCUUCCGAUUCGGCAUCUCCUCUUCAACGAAUGGGCUGGUGAUCGGUGCGACAAUCAUGGAAGGCUUCUAUGUCGCUUUCGACCGUGCCCACAAACGAGUUGGUUUCGCCGUGAGCACUUGCGCUGAAAGUAACGGCGUUCCUGUGGCGGAGAUAACCGGACCAUUCCUAGCUGACGGUGUGGCAUCGAGUUGUGCAGAGCCUUUAAUGUGGCUGGUAGCCUACGGCCUGAUGGCACUGUGUACCCUGGUACUGCUCAUCCUCCUGGCAUUGAUGGUUGGGCGCUGCCCGCGGCGUCUGCGGGACGGAGAAAUCACAGACGAGUCGUCGCUAGUACGUAAUCGCAUCAAAUGAUGCUGUGCCUAAAACUCAGCCCAGAAAAAAGACUUUCGGCUAAGGACACUCUGUCUUCUGAUGGAAAUCAGGUUGUUGGUUGGUUGAUUAGCGUUAGAAGAUUUUAAUUGUUUAUUAGGAGACUCCUAAGAGGACAAACUUCGCUCUGACACGUAUACUACUACUGAAAGGUGAUCUGGGAUUGGGGUUCUGCAUUUUUCCUCCAAAGAUGUUUUUAUUAAUCAAGCACUAAUGUAAAAGGGCACAUCAUUCGUCACUAAUAUGUUCAUGUUUAUUAUCGGUUAGGAGCGUACACCAGUUAUCAAUUGAAUGAAACCUAAGCGAGCAGCACCGUAGUGCAGCGGUGACUGUAGCAUUUGUAUUAUAAAUCUAUGUAGGGUCCUCGGUUCGAUCCUGAGCUUGACUUGCUAUUAGUGUGGAGUUUUACAUUCUACUCUGUCUGUAUGGGUUUCCUUCCACCUUCAAAAAAAAAAAAUGCAAGUAGGUGGAUUUGGAGACUAUAUAAUAUAUAAUUUGCACCAAGAAGUGAAUGAGUGAGUGAGUGCAUGGUGUCCUGAGAUAGACUGGCAUCCUAUACAGGGUGUAUUCCCACAUCACGCCCAGUGUUCCUGGGAUAGGGUCCAGAUCCCCAAGCACUUACUGAAGAUUAAUGAACGAAACAGGACGUCACCAUGAAGGAAGUGGUGUGAACAUUUAAGAAUACAAUGUUUAAAAUUUCAUGCAAGGAUUUCCCAGGAAAUUGAUUCAUUUUGGUUUUAAAUAAUGAUUAAAAAACAAAAACUGAGUAGUUAAGUGACUGCAGGUAAAACUGAAUAUAUUUGUGGCAAAAAAAAAAAAGUUUAACGAUAAAACAGAAAUGACAGCAAAAUGACAUGGUUGCAUCCCUGUAGAAGUAAGUUGAAAUAAACACAAGACCAACUGAUGCUAGAGAAGCUAAAUUACUGUUUAAAUACACUAGGACGCAUGUUACUGAGACAGUAAAAUGAAAUAUGAAGGUCACAUUUUCAUUAGCUUCUGGACAAUAGAAUACACAGAAGAGCUCAGAAGGAAAGGUUAUUAUAUCCUCUCGUGAUUUACCUCAUUCCCCAUCCCUAGAUUUCAAUUAUUUAUUUUUUAAUAUAGGAUAACUUGAGUGAUUGCCAGUGCCAUGUUAUAGCUUUUACUCCGAUCACAGAUUGUGCAAAUAUAAUAUUCAAACACUGUACAGUGCAAAAUGACAGGAAUUCCAAUAAAACCUUUGAAAUUUUUCUACUCAAA